UUGAGGUGAAGACUAUUCCCCUUUCAGUUCAAAGCACGGUCCCAGCCGUUCGUUCCCGCAAACCUUGGCAGGAUAUACUUUUUCUCACGUAGCAUUACUUUCAGUAACUUCGCGGCGUAGACGCAUAUCAUCUUGCUGAUCCAUGGUAUUGUCUUUUCUCGCGGUGGUACGGAAGGCCCUUUCUAGUUAUGGGACGACUUUAUCACCUUUAUGACUAUCCUAACAAAUGCGGGUCAACCCCUGGAUCGAAGGAGUUUCAACACACCACAGUGGAGUUCUCUUCACAAGGGGUAAUAGCAAUUUGAAUUCUCGAUUAUGAAUAGCAAUAAUUCGCAAUGUACCUGUACUAUCAUAAUAUUGCGUCUUACGUAACACCAAGGCUCUUCAUUUCCCUCUCACAUCUUCACCUUCUUGCGAUCAAGUUUAUAGGCCAUGGCGACUAUUGAUACCGCUUCUACUAUCGACAUAGGCGCAGAAUAUGACUAUGUGGUGGUUGGAGGUGGGACAGCUGGGCUCGUGGUUGCAUCCAGAUUGACUGAAGAUAAGGAUGUCAGUGUCCUGGUCCUGGAAGCGGGGGCGAAUCGCUUGAACGACCCAAAGAUCUCUAUUCAAGGUCUUGCCGCCUCGACAUUUCACAAUCCAGAUUAUGAUUGGUGUAUAACUACAGAACCCCAGGUCGGAUUGAAUAACCGUAAAUUGGCGCAACCUCUGGGGAAGACUCUUGGUGGCUCUUCAGCUAUCAAUCUGGGGAUGGUCAUCUACCCGUCUAAAUCCGGCUACGAUUCAUGGGAAAAGUUAGGAAACCCGGGUUGGGGAUGGGACACCAUGGAAAGUUAUUUCCGGAAGUUCCACACAUUUACCGAGCCCCAACCAAAGCUUAAGGAAGAGCUCAUGCUUGAUUACCUCUUAAAGGGCGCUCACGGCACAGACGGGCCCAUCCAAAUCUCUUACGGGAGUGAGGAGGGGUUUCCUCCCUUCCUCCAAGCCUGGCCGCGAACCUGGUCGGCCCUAGGCAAACCCAUCGACGGCGAUCCUAUCGCUGGCGUAUCCAUUGGUGCUUUCAAUAACGCAGCUACACUUCAUCCAACAACUAGGGAGAGAAGUCAUGCUGGAAAUACAUACUAUGCCGAUAAAGCCGCCCAACGAUCGAACCUUCGCGUCAUCACAGAAGCUCUCGUUGAGAAGAUUGGCAUCACACAGAACCCCAACAACCUUCGAGCAACCGGUGUCACAUUCGUUGGGAAAGAUGGAAAAAGGCAACAGGUCUCGGCCAAGCGCGAGGUGAUCCUAGCUGCUGGUGCGGUCAAGACGCCUCAGCUACUGGAGCUCUCGGGAAUUGGUAAUAAGAAUGUACUCGAAAAGCACGGAAUUAACUGCCUUCUAGACAACCCCAACGUAGGCGAGAACUUCCAGGAUCACGGCUUCGUGCCGUUCUCGUGGGAAGUAGCCGACCCAUUGACAUCGGGCGACCAAAUGCGCAACCCAAGCGUCGUCGAAGCGGUGAUGGGUGCUUACCAGACGGCCAAGGCAGGUCCCCUGUCCAUCAAUGCGCUCGGAUCGGCCUUCUUCCCACUCCAGGAUCAAGAUCUGAAACCCGUAUCUGUCAGCCAACUACUUUCGGAUCUCGGUCAAGCAGACGUCGAACCCAAAAUCCUCCGGGAGCAGAUAUGUACCCCAGGUGACAGCUCAGUGCAAUUCACCGUUGCGCCGUUCCAACUCGAUGCCUUCCCUGGGGAUUCGCCUUCCCAGAUCUUUAGUCUUAGUGUCGACGGUUUCUAUGCAUCUAUUGUCGCUGUUCUGAACCAUCCCUUUAGCCGUGGAUCGACACACAUACGAUCAGCCGACCCGCACGCGAAGCCCAUCGUCGAUCCACGUGCCAUGACGCACCCACUAGACCUAGAGCUACAUGCACGGCAUGUACUGCUCCUCGAGAAGAUCCGCGACGCCUCGCCACUACGAGAGCUCUUCAAGGAAGGUGGGCGACGCAUACAUAACGGCGGCAAGAGGGUUGAGACCUUGGACGAGGCCAAAGAAGCAGUGAAACAUGGGUACACGCCGCAUUACCAUGUAUGCGGGACAGCAGCCAUGAAACCUAGGGAGUCUGGUGGUGUGGUCGACUCGAAACUCAAAGUCUAUGGGGUGGAUGGCCUAAGAAUUGUUGAUGCCAGUAUCUUCCCGUUGAUUCCGCGGGGGAAUAUUCAGAGUUCCGUCUACGCGGUUGCCGAGAGAGCCGCCGACCUCAUCAAGACUGGUUAGAGUAUUUAGGUGAUGUACCUAUAGAUGUGGUAUUCUAGCUUAAUCCUCAGUCUAUAUAACAUACAUGUUCGUAGGUGGUAUCGCCAUUGAAGAACUCAUUGAUAUGCUGCAAAGCAUCUUCAGCGCUCGCAUACUCUUCCAUCCAACAUUUACGAAUAACAUCCCCUGCCCAGAUACCCGUCACGUCAGGAAAUUCACGUUUCUCGAAGAAACCAUCAACCAUAUUCAUGUAUGCGUCCAUUGCGGCAAGCGAUUC